CUCAUUUAGUAUUUUGCUCCCUGUCAAAGAAAGUUCAUAAUUGUACUUCUUUGUCAAGUAUUCAAGGAUGGGCGACGGAAACGAAGGAGAGAAAACUCCGCUUCUUGGUAGUAAUGCCGGUUCAGUUUCUGGGAACCUCAAUGAAGUGGCAGGACAACAGACGACUGUUUCGCCAAUUGGACCAGAUGAACUGCCACCGCCGUUCUUUCAGCAAUCCGAAAGUGGCGGUGUGCCUAUGGUCACUUGCAGAGUUUGUCAAGCAAUGAUUGAUAUAUCUGGUAAACGAGAUCAGCAUGUUGUUAAAUGUGCCCAGUGCAACGAGGCAACUCCAAUUCGUAAUGCACCACCGGGAAAGAAAUACGUUCGUUGUCCAUGCAAUUGUCUCCUGAUUUGCAAGAGUUCAUCACAGAGGAUCGCCUGUCCAAGGCCAAACUGCAAAAGGAUCAUCAACUUGUCUCCCAGUCCCGUCACACCACCGGUCUCGACUUUGCCCGGCAUGUGCCGUGUUACCUGUGGACAUUGCCACGACACCUUUUUGUUUAACACAUUGAAGAACGCACUGGCCAGAUGCCCCCACUGUAGGAAGGUGUCAUCAGUUGGUCCGGAUUACGCCAGGGGCCGUGGCAACAUAUUCUUCACCCUCACUCUAGUCUUUUUGAUCAUCGGAAUUGGCGUUACGGCCGGCACUUACCGAUAUGCCAAGACACACAGCGGUAUCUACGUUGCUUAUGUUGGAGCCUUUAUAUUGGCAAUAAUCAUGCUAGUUCGUUGUAUGUAUUACUAUUUCAUGAAAGUGAGCAUUAUAGAGGGGCCAAUGUAAUCAAAGUCACUGUGACAUCAAGAAAUAUGCAUAUUUAGGGUGAAUCAUUAAUUAAGCUUCUAUACCAGGUGUAGAAUUGAUAUGUGAUAAGUCUGACAUUAUUAAAACAUCUUGUUGAAAUCGUAGAUCUGGCUUUCAAAGAAGUACCCUUUAAAAAUUUGUAUAUAGCAAGAUGGUCUAAUGCUUUGGCUUUUACUUAGAUAUUAUUUUAAUAAAAAAAUUAUGUGGUAUUUUACAAGUGAUUAUCAGUUGCCGUGAAUUUUACAUAACAAAAGAAUUAAUAUUCUACAACUUUUCAUGGUAACACGUUUAUGUUGACUUACAUAUUAUGUAUUGUAAAUAUUCCCCUGAAAAUGACCUAGACUUUAGAAUUAUAAUUUAAGAAUUAAAAAUCUGAGAUUACAUUGUUUGCCUAUCGACCCUAUUUUAACAAAAUAUUCGUAUUAAUAUAAACAAAAUGUGUCGUUUUUAACACAAGUUCCAUUGCUUUUAAAAAAUUGUUACAUUAAUAAAAUCAAUUCUUUACCAUGUAUGAUAUGUAUAUUUCUUCCAUGCAUAGAGUUUUCUAGUGAUAAUUAUUAAUUAAGAUAAAUAUUUUAUGUUGUUUUAGCAAUAGGAAUUUAAAACAUAAUGUUUAUAUACAUAUAAUCUUGAUAUAUUAGAGGCUGCUUUUAUAAUAUUUUCAAAUUGUUAAAUAUAUCCAAUUUUUCUAUAUUAUUUUGUAACUAAUUUAUUAAGUAUUAAUUUUUCACUACAUUCCUAGGAAUUAAAUGUUUUGACAUCCUUUCAUUUUUCAAUGUAAUUUGUGUAUUUAUAUUGUAUGUUAGGCGAACCUUAAACAUUUAUUGGUUUUCACGACUGUACGAAAGGCAAAGUGAUAAUAAAGUAUUUUUUAAGAA